UAAUGUACUUCUAUAUAUACUUGUUCAUUCUUUCAAAAAUAUAUACUUGUUCAUCCAACUUAAACUCUUCUCCCAUAUUCUUGCAAUCUCAUUUAUUACUUGAAAGGUGACAUUGUUUUUUUUAGGAGGAUCACAUUGUAUUUUGUUGAGAAGCACAAAAUGGUGAACAAGGAGCUGGAGGUUUGCACAUUGGAUGGAUCUAUUGAUAGCCACGGUCAUCCUGCUGUUCGAGAGAGAACUGGAACUUGGUUUGCAGGGAUUUUGAUUUUAGUGAACCAAGGGUUGGCAACUCUAGCAUUUUUUGGUGUGGGAGUGAAUUUGGUACUAUUUUUAACAAGAGUUAUGGGUCAAGACAAUGCUGAUGCUGCAAACAAUGUGAGCAAGUGGACAGGGACAGUUUACAUCUUUUCUCUUCUUGGAGCUUUCCUCAGUGACUCUUACUGGGGAAGAUACAUCACUUGUGCCAUUUUCCAAGUCAUCUUUGUUGUUGGUUUGGUGGCAUUAUCAUUGACAUCUUACAUCUUCCUAUUGAAACCUAAUGGUUGUGGGUCUAAAGAAUUACCUUGUGGAACACAUUCAUCAUAUGAAACUACUUUAUUCUAUGUAUCCAUUUAUCUAGUAGCCUUAGGAAAUGGAGGAUAUCAACCUACCAUUGCUACAUUUGGUGCUGAUCAAUUUGAUGAAAGUGAUCCUAGUGAACAACACUCAAAAAUAGCAUUUUUUAGCUAUUUUUAUUUGGCUUUGAACAUUGGAUCACUCUUCUCAAACACCAUAUUGGACUAUUUUGAAGAUGAUGGACUUUGGACUUUGGGAUUUUGUGUCUCAGCUGGUUCUGCUGCCCUAGCAUUGGUUUUGUUUCUUUGUGGCACAUCAAAAUAUAGAUACUUUAAACCUGUUGGAAACCCUCUUCCUAGGUUUUGUCAAGUUUUUGUUGCAGCAAUAAGAAAAUGGAAGGUCCAAAUGUUCGACGGUGAAGAUAAACUUCAUGAGGUUGAAGAUUGUUUAUCCAAUGGAGGGAGAAAAAUGUACCACACACAAGGCUUUAGGUUUUUAGAUAAAGCAGCAUUUAUUACACCAAAAGAUUUGAAGCAAAUGGAAGAAAAUAAAUGCAGUCCAUGGUUUCUAUCAACUGUGACACAAGUAGAAGAAGUGAAAUGCAUAUUAAGAUUACUCCCAAUUUGGUUAUGCACUAUAUUAUUCUCUGUUGUCUUCAGUCAAAUGGCAUCACUCUUUGUGGAACAAGGUGCUGCAAUGGAGACUAAAAUUUCCACUUUUCACAUCCCUCCUGCAAGUAUGUCAAGCUUUGACAUUCUCAGUGUAGUUUCCUUCAUCUUCAUCUAUCGGAGAAUUCUCGACCCUCUUGUUGCUAGAUUUACAAAGAAAUCCAAAGGUAUCACCGAGCUUCAAAGGAUGGGAAUAGGUCUAGUAUUAGCAAUCAUAGCAAUGGUUUCAGCAGGAUUAGUAGAGAUUUUCCGGCUAAAGUAUGCGAUAAAAGAAGAAAAAAAUUGUAGCCAUUGCGAAGGGACGAGUUCAUUAUCGAUAUUUUGGCAAGUACCGCAAUAUGUACUAAUAGGAGCAUCAGAAGUUUUCAUGUAUGUUGGUCAAUUGGAGUUUUUCAAUUCACAGGCACCUGAUGGAUUGAAAAGCUUUGGAAGUGCACUUUGUAUGACUUCAAUAUCAUUAGGAAACUAUGUUAGUAGCUUGCUUGUUGCAAUUGUGAUGAAGAUAUCUACUAGAAAUGAAGGCAUGCUUGGUUGGAUUCCAGGGAACUUAAAUAUGGGACAUUUGGAUAGGUUUUACUUCCUCUUAGCAGCACUCACUGCAGCUGACCUUCUAGUGUAUAUUGCAAUGGCUAGGUGGUAUAAAUAUGUUAAAUUUCAUGGAAACAAUAUUGAACAAGGUAACAAUAUUGAGGAAAAUGUUGUGUAAAACCCCUUGGGGUGUAUACAUCAUGAGAGGGUAAAGAGAUAAGAGAGAUAUGUGAUAUGUGUGAUUGAUAAAUUUGUGAUGUGAUUGAAAGAGAGUUAGAAAAAAAAUAAGGUGUUGAAUGAGUGUAGAAAGUGUACACGUUAAUUGUUGUAAGAACAAUGUCUAAUAUUAUACCUAAGUCUUAUCGAUCUUCCAAUUGUAUUAUUUACUAUGAUACUAGAGAAAUUCAUUUCUCAGUGGAGUAAAGAUAUUAUAGAUUGUAUAUG